CCGUCCGCCCUCGCGCGCUCGCUCGCGCCCUUCAUCGACGCGCGCGCUCGCGGCCCGUCGUCCUCGCGCGCGUCGUCCCCGCGCCCGAGCUUCGCGCGGCGUCACGAAACGAAAAAACAUCACGCCACCCGGCGACUCCGACACCCCUCUCGGAAAGAAUCGUUCCCAUCCCGCGCGACGGACGAUGCCUUCCACGCUGACGCACGAGCGCGCGCGCCACGCGCGCUUGAGGCAGGCGGCGGAGCGCAAGCUCGCGCGGUUCGAGCGCCAGCGCGCGGUUCGAGAGACGUCGCGCGAGCUCGAGCGCCUCAAGGACGAGUGCGCGAAGCAGAUCGCGCAGAUCGACGACGACCGCGCGCACUCGCUUCGGCCGUCGUGGCAGUUGCCUCCGGGGUUCAAGUGCGUGCACUUCGCGGGGCAGGGCGAGUUCUACUGCGUCGUCGCGUGCAAGGGCGACGCGUUCGUGAGCGUCGUCGACGGCGAGACGUCGUUCAGGCUCGGAAGCACGCUGCUGACGAAGCGCGGCGCGCUGGGAUGGGCGCCCGUCGACUGCUGCUUCCUCGCGUACGAGACGCCGAUGAAGGCGCUGGAGGCGCCGUUUCCGAAAACGGCCAAGGCGUUGACGUUACCGCGGGUGUUGUUGAAAGUCACGACGACCGGGAACGCGUACGAGGAGCACAAGCGGCACGGCGGCGUGACGAGGUGGACGGGGAAGGUGGCGCUGUCGCGGCUGACGGUGACGCGCGUCAUGACGGAUGCGUUUCGGCCAGACUUGCGAGACCCGACGUUCUUCCGGAUCCGGAAGUCGUUCGGGAAGGCGUGA